AUGCCAAUUCUAAAAGGUGAAAAACAAAAAUUCUGUCGAAAUCUAUAUUGUGCAGAUCCGAUGGACAUUAAUCGAAAUUUAGCUUACAUGAUGAAAGCAAGUUGUUCGUUCGCAUAUCUUCGAAAAACAUUGAAGAGAGCAUUGAAUUAUCUAUGUCAAAAUGACAGAAAAUCACAAAUAGCAAAUAAUGUGAUAAUGAAGGAAAUUUAUCGUUCAUGCGAAACAUUUUUUGUUACUUUACUAUCUGAUCUCAAAAAAGGUGUCAAUUGCACACAGGAAGAUCUCCGACAAGCAUACAAACAAACAUUUGACAAUGAAUUAAAUCGUUGGCCUGAGCCAAAGCUUCAAAUAAAUGAUAACAAUCUGUUAACAUUAUUAGAUGAAACAUCUGUGAGCGAAGUCGAACUUGAAGAUCCAUACAUGGAUGAUUUCAAGACAGAUUCUGAUAUUGUAACAAGAGAGCAAGAUGUUGAUGAGCCUAUUGAAAAUACUCGACUAUUAAAAAUGUAUUCCGAUAUUGAUCCACGUGUUCGUGAACUAGGCUUCGUCAUGAAAAAUUUAGCAAAAUUGAACGAUGGUCUAUCAACAAAUGUUCCCAACGUUCGAAAAUGUGGCAAUUGGAAUGUUUACUUUUACGAUAAUUUAAACAACAUAAAUCAGGUUUGGAAAGGUUAUGGUUUGAAUAAAUUAUCAUCCGGUGAAUUAUGGAUUGAAUUUUUACGCUAUUAUACUGAACGAUUUGAUUAUGAAACUAAUAUUGUUACUAUUCGGCAAGAUAAACCAUUAUUACGUUUAGAAAAAGGAUGGUUUCAUCCGACUAUUGCUAUUGAAGAUCCAUUUUGUUUAACUCACAAUUUAACUGAUAAAUUGUCUUUGAAAAGAACUGUCGCAGGUCUAUUAAUUAACACAAGCGAUUUUUUUGUUAAAGAACUAUUUGACUUUCCAACAGUUAAAAUUAAUAUAAGUUCUGACACUGGAUUUGGUCUUAUAUGUGUUCGUCUUUGUAUGAUAGUUGAAAAAACUUCAUCUUCAAUACUUUUAUCAAGUGGAAUUCUUAAUGUAACACAUUAUAAAUCACAUGAACAUCCUGAACAAUUAAAUAUAAAGGAAAUAUACAAUAUUGAAAUAACAUUAUCGGGUAUAAUUGAUGAUAAUGGUUCAAUUGAAUAUCCAAAUCGAUUAAUAUUUGAUGAAAUGUCAGAAAAUCAAUCAUCGAUUAAAAUUGAUAUAAAAACAAAUUCAAUUAUGUUUACUAAAGAAUCACCAUCAAGAUAUCAUAUUCAACAUUAA